AUCGUCUGAGUAGCCAUCUGCCCCUUUUAGCCAUGAAGGCAGAGACAGUGUCCUCGUUACAAGAGGCUCCAGAUGAGUCCAGCUGGAACCUCAGUAACCUGCUGAGUAGCCGGAAGCUGAUGGCUGUGGGGAUCGUGCUCGGCUGGCUCCUGGUCAUCCACUUUCUGGUCAACGUGUGGCUCCUAUGCCUUCUGUCUGCAUUGCUAGCGGUGCUGGGUGGAUGGCUGGGCUCAAACGCCAUUGUGGGGGCUUCAGGUCGACUGCACCUGGAACGUUUCAUCCCAGUGGCCACCUACCCUCCAAACCCUGAGGCAGAGAGGCAACUGGAACUGGAGAUCGACCGCACCAUCCAGAUGAUUAUUCGGGACUUUGUGUCGUCCUGGUAUCGCUCAGUGAGCCAGGAGCCAGCCUUUGAGGAAGAAAUGGAGGCCGCCAUGAGAGGGUUGGUCCAGGAGCUCCGGAGGAGGAUGGGCAUGGUGGACAGUCAUGCCCUGGUCCAGAGAGUUCUGACUCUCUGCGGUUGUCACCUGCAGAGCUAUAUUCAGGCGAAGGAAGCCCUGGCUGGGAAGCAGAGUGGUACAGUUGAGCCCUCCCAGCUCUGGGAGGCUUACUGCCGAGCUACUGCCCCACAUCCUGCUGUGCAAAGCGCCAGCACUGAGGUCGCUUAUACACGUGGCAUUGUAAAUUUAUUGCUUCAAGGACUAGUGCCAAAGCCCCACUUGGAGACCCGGACCGGUCGCCAUGUAGUGGUGGAACUCAUUACUUGCAAUGUAAUCUUACCACUGAUUAGCAAGCUGUCAGAUCCUGAUUGGAUCCACCUUGUACUUGUGGGCAUCUUUUCCAAGGCCAGAAAUAAUCCGACAGCAGUGGUUAAACCAACUUCCCCAGCCAGUGCCCUGGAAAAGCCCUCAUUGCCCACAUCUCUGCCACUGAUUGUUGAGGUACAGAGCCUGCCAGAAGUGAGAGCCCCGUCUCCAGCAGCAGCGCCAGUGCUACUGAACUGUAAUGAGCCAGAAGGGCCUUCCCAUCACUCCCCAGAAGUUGAAGAAGGCCAUGAAGCAAUAGAGGGAGAAUUGGGUGGAGUCCCGGAAGAAAGAAAAGUAGGAAACAACUCAUCUCAUUUCCUACAGCCAGAUAUUCGAGGCCCUUUGUUCUUAUGUGAAGACACAGAGCUGGAGUCUCCAUUGUCUGAACUGAGCAAGGAAACCAUCAUGCUCAUGACUCCAGGCAACUUCCUCUCUGACAGGAUCCAGGAUGCCCUGUGUACCCUGGAGGGUCCCCAGUCUCUGGAGUCUAAGGAUGUUGAGGGAUCCGAAGGAAUUGAAGGAGCAGAGGCCGAGCUGGGUCCAGGAACAGAAACAGAGACAGGGCUGCUGGUCUCCAUGCUGACUUCCUGCCCAGAGAUCCACAUUGACACAGCAGACAAGGAAGUAGAACAACGAGAUGUCACCUCUCUUACAGCUUUGCUGACAGAUCCAGGAAGGACCUGCCCCCCACGACCCUCAUGCUUAGAGAAGGCUCUCCCCAAUGGUGUGAGCUCCGUAGAUCCUAAUCUGCCACAGGUUCUGCUUUCCUCCUCUCCAAGUGGUCCUCUCAGCUCAGCCACCUUCAGCUUUGGGCCCCUGACCAGUCCAGAUGGCCCAGUUGUCAUCCAGAACCUUCGUAUCACUGGUACCAUUACUGCUCGAGAGCACAGUGGCACUGGAUUCCACCCAUACACACUCUACACGGUGAAGUAUGAGACGGCCCUGGAUGGUGAGAACAGCAGUGGCCUGCAGCAGGUGGCCUACCACACUGUGAAUCGCCGCUACCGCGAGUUCCUCAAUCUGCAGACGCGUCUGGAAGAGAAAUCAGAUCUCCGAAAGUUCAUAAAAAAUGUGAAGGGUCCUAAAAAGCUCUUUCCGGACCUUCCAUUUGGAAACAUGGAUAGUGACAGAGUAGAAGCCCGGAAGAGCCUCCUGGAAUCCUUUCUAAAGCAACUCUGUGCCAUUCCGGAGAUCGCCAACAGUGAGGAGAUGCAGGAGUUCCUUGCUUUGAACACAGAUGCUCGUAUUGCCUUUGUCAAGAAACCAUUCAUGGUGUCCAGAAUAGACAAGAUGGUGGUAAGUGCUAUCGUGGACACCUUGAAGACAGCAUUUCCUCGCUCCGAACCCCAGAGCCCCACAGAAGAGCUGAGUGAGGCCGAGACAGAAAGCAAGCCCCAGGCAGAAGGCAAGAAGCCUAGCAAGUCCAGAUUGAGGUUCUCCAGUAAGAUUGCUCCAGCACUGACUAUAACUGAGGCACCUGAGAAGAUUCUCUAUUGUCUCCAGGAAGGCAAUGUGGAGUCAGAGAUCCUAUCCACGUCUGGGAUGGAAUCCUUUAUUGAAAAACAGACAAAGUUAUUAGAAAUGCAGCCAGCAGAAGCCCCAGAAAAAGAUUCUGAACAAAUCCCCAAAGAUUGUACGGAUGGUUACUUGUCAGAUGAAGCUGUGCCGGCCCGAGACCUCAGCAAUGGUGAUCCAGGAGCAGAGACAGAGCUCGCUGACACAGCCCUAGAUCUACUCCUCUUGCUGCUGAUGGAGCAGUGGAGAUGGCUAUGUACAGAAAACAUGCAGAAAGUUCUUCAUCUUGUGUUUGGGACCCUAGUUCAGAGGUGGCUAGAGGUGCAGGUGGCUAAUCUAACAUGUCCACAGCGCUGGGUGCAGUACCUCCGACUUCUUCAGGAGUCCAUCUGGCCUGGUGGUAUUUUACCGAAGUGUCCACGGCCUGUGAGGACCCAGGAGCAGAAAGUGGCUGCUGAAAAACAGGCCUUGCAGAGCCUGAUGGGAAUCUUGCCAGAUAUUGUGGUAGAAAUCCUUGGGGUGAACAGAUGCCGGCUGAGCUGGAGUCUAGUCUUGGAGUCACUACGGCAACCCCUCAUCAACAGGCACUUGAUUUACUGCCUUUGGGACAUCAUCCUGGAAUUCUUGGAUCUCAGUGCCUCCGUUGAGGAGUCUACCGUAACCGCCUCUGCCUCAGAUACCCCAGGCAACCCCAAGAGAAUGGGUGUCUCCCCUUAGCCAUAGGUUAUUCAUCCAUUCUUUGAAGGCUGGGAAAGGAGAGUUGCUCUGCCACCCCGCGACCAGUCAGGAACCUGUGCCCUCUGCAGCUGGACUGUAGUUCAGAAGACCUGAGGUCCCAGGGGCACAGUUUUCCUCCAGCUCUACUCCACAGAGCAGGUGACCUAACAGAUGAUGGGGGAAAUAUGUACCAAUCGUAUGCAUAUCCAUUUCCAUACUUUU